AUGCUAGAUAAGGAAAUCAAUGAUUACUUACAUGAAGUAUUAAAGAAUGGCGACCACUUGAAGGAGGAACUACCUGAAGGAUCAUUUCGCAAGUUGUUUUGGCAACAGCAAAUGAAAGCUUUGUCCUGCAAUGAUGCAAGGCAAAUGAGAUGGCACCCACUUAUGAUCAAGUGGUGUCUGAAUAUCAAGUUGCGAUCGACUGCUGCAUACAAGGUAAUGCGAAAUUCUGGGUUCCUAAAACUUCCAAGUGAAAGAACGCUAAGAGACUACACACACUGGACAAAGAUGUCCUCCGGGUUUCAACCCUCAACGUUUGAGCAACUGCUUGUUGAAGCGAGGUACAAAGAGCUCAAAGAUUGGCAGAAGUUUACUGUUCUACUUCAUGAUGAAAUAAAGAUUCAAAAUGAUCUUGUUUACUGCAAGCAUACUGGCGAGCUGAUUGGUUUUGCAAAUUUGGGUGAAAUUAACAACUCGUUAGUGGAGUUUGAGAAGCAGUGCCAAGAUGAGAUGAGCAGAACGCCUGAUAUUGCAUCCUACAUGCUUGUUUUCAUGGUUCGUGGAGUUACAACUACACUCGAGUACCCAGUGGCCCAUUUUCCUUGUGGAAAUUGUAUUACAGCAGAUUUCCUUUUCCCUCUUGUUUCGGAUGCCAUAAGGCACUUGGAAACCAUUGGAUUCAAAGUUGCUGUCAGCACAUGUGAUGGAGCUUCUUCAAACAGAAAGUUCAUUAAGAUGCACGGGUCAAAAAAAGGCAUAGCUAUCCACAAAACAAAGAACAUCUAUAGCCCUGACGAAAGAGAUCCGUACUUCUUUUCUGAUGUACCACAUCUGGUGAAGACAGUAAGAAACAAUUGGGAGAAUAGUGGAUGGAACAAAAAGUCACGACAGCUAUGGGUAUGAUAAUUAAUAAUUUUAUGAGAAGAUCAUAUAGGAACUGUUUUUAUUAAGUAAUUUGAUACUAAAAGACAUUCAGUCUAUAAAAAUAAUGUCAACAUAAAUCUGUUUUUAGAAUGAUGGAUGCAGCAUAUCUUGGAUCCAUAUAGUCAAUCUAUAUAAAGAUGACCUAAAGCGUGGUGGAUUGAUGUUGGUACCAAAGCUUAAAUGCGAGCAUAUUUAUCUUACAUCCUACUCAAGAAUGAAAGUGCGUUUAGCUGCUCAGGUACUGUUAAUGCAAUGUUUCAUACUGCCAUCAUGGUCCAUCGAGGAAAAAGAAUGCACUUUUGAAGACCAUGUAAAGUCUGUUCUGUGCAGCAUACGUUCUGCUCAGGCAUACAUUCCGACCCCAACCAUUAUUGGAAUGUUAUUAAUAUUUCGCAUAUUCCGAACUUUCUUGAAUUGAAUAUCUAGUCUGUAUUCAUUUACAACCAUAGCGAACCAGAAUUGAAGAGUGUUAAAAAUUCAGUAUAGCACUGAGUUCAAAAUGUAAACAAAGCGUUUGUUUACAUUAAUACGGACUUUACAUGGCUUUAAUGGGGAAAAUGUUUUAAAAUUGUUGUGUGGCUUUUUUAUAGGUCCUAAGCUCUUCUGUGGCGCAUGCACUUGAUGCCUUUUACAACGAAAGUGUAAAGGGCACAGUGCGUUUUAUUCUAAUGUUCGACAAGUUCUUUGAUUGUUUGAACACCAGAUCACUGACCGAGGCUACUAGACGCAGAAAACCAGAUGUGGCUCCAUACAGAAGUAUAAACGAUCCCCGAUUGAAAGUAUGUAGAAUUAGUUUCGAAUUCUGUAACAAUAUUUAUACAAUAUAAUAAAUAUAUAUUCAACUUAACUUUGUGGGGUACUUGGAGAAGUGGUCAAAUUCUGUUGACAGCAUCCCAGAUCUUGAUCCAAAACAAAAGGCUAAGAUGAAACUGAGCUAUUAGACCAUUGAAGGAUUACACAUGACUGGUAUAGAACAGUUUAUUGCACCAAAUUUCUUCAAAGAUGUUCUUUUCACAACGUUUAUAAAUAUUAAACGUGCUAUUGACAUUUCUAUAAAAACAUGUGCUAGCUUUUUGUGCAUCAAACAAAAUAUCCCCUGUAAUACCCCUAUAGUUUGGACAUUAUCCAUUAUGAUCUCUGAGUGUCCCACCUGGUGGGUUUCCUGAUCACAGCAUGGACAAUCCAGAAGAGUAGAAUACCGAGUAGAAGACUGUCUUCUGGAUCCUCUAUGCUAAUACUCAAUGCCUUCGGAUGUUUUAAUCAACAUUUUUUGUCAAAAUUGUAUAAUUUUUUCUAGUGAAUUCGUUUGUUGAGUUGACAACAAACCUCUUGGCCAGGGGAGACAUCCAGUUUAUACUGAGUGAGAGAUUCAAUCAAGAUCCUCUUGAGUCGCACUUUGGUAAACAUCGUCAAAUGAAAGGCGGAAAUGAUAAUCCGACUGUGGCCCAAUUUAACUACAACGACAGCAGUCUGCGUUUAUUGGGAUCACAGGCUCUUGCUUCAGUGAAUGGAAACACCAAACGCAGUUGUACGCACGAGGUUGUAGACAACACCCCAUUACCAAAAAGGCCAAGGAAACCCCCAAAAAGUUAA